GUAUUCUCUUUCACUCGAAAAACGAAAUCAAUAUCAAUAUCGAAUCCCUGAAACUCUCUCAAAAACUAUGUUGAGGCUCGCUUCGGGUACGAAGAGGUUGCUAGGGCUAGCGUCGCCUUCGCGGCCACUCCAGGUGAUCUCGUCACGUCUGUACCACGAGAACGUUAUCGACCACUACAACAACCCUCGCAACGUCGGUGCCUUUGACAAAAAGGAUCCUAAUGUCGGCACGGGCCUUGUGGGUGCACCCGCAUGCGGAGAUGUCAUGAAGCUUCAAAUCAAGGUCGAUGAGAAGACUGGAGAGAUUACUGACGCCUGCUUCAAGACCUUUGGCUGCGGGUCGGCAAUCGCUUCGUCUUCUGUUGCUACUGAAUGGGUAAAAGGGAAAAAAAUGGAGGAAAUCUUGACUAUCAAAAAUACUGAGAUUGCAAAACAUCUUUCCCUGCCACCAGUUAAACUACAUUGCAGUAUGCUUGCAGAGGAUGCAAUUAAGGCAGCUGUGAAAGAUUACCAGAGCAAACGUGUCAAUUCCAGCACCAGUUCAGAUGCUGCACCUGUUGAGAAGGUUGCCAAUGCUUGAAUGUGUAUAAAUGUUAUUGACGAAAACUUUUAAAAUCCUUUGUAUUUCUUUUGUUUUUUUUUUAAAAAGAGAACUCUUGAAGACGUGGUCUCAGCAUGGAGAUUAUCUACUUGUUAUGAGAAGAAACAGUUGUGCUUGGAUUACGCUAGCGGAGCCUUUUCUUUCUUUCAUGGUUCUCUUGUAAAGAACCAUUGUAUUAAUAUCAAACGGGUUUAGUGUGUUUCUGUC